AGAGAGAGUGUGCAUCAUUUGUAAAUGGAAACUGAAUGCAUUUAUUGGAAAGAGAAACUGAAUGUUGGCAUUUUUCAACAAAGAACGACAUAAGCUCCACAUAUCACCUUUUGUUGUUUGUCUCAGUCCUAGAGGAGCAAACUGUGUUUGGCCCUUAAUGUGAUAAACUCCUCCUUGCCAGUACCAAGAAGAAUGGGCCAGGAAAGAGGAAAAUAUGACUUUUAUGUUGGCUUGGCAUUAGCUAUUAGCUCCAGCAUAUUUAUUGGAGGGAGUUUCAUCUUGAAAAAGAAAGGUCUCCUUCGACUGGCCAAAAAAGGGUCAAUGCGAGCAGGUCAGGGAGGGCAUGCAUAUCUCAAAGAGUGGCUAUGGUGGGCUGGACUAUUGUCAAUGGGUGCUGGAGAGGCUGCUAACUUUGCUGCAUAUGCCUUUGCUCCAGCGACUCUAGUGACUCCAUUGGGAGCUCUUAGUGUUCUCGUAAGUGCUGUCCUGUCAUCUUACUUUCUGAAUGAGAGACUUAACCUCCACGGCAAGCUUGGUUGUUUUCUAAGUAUCAUUGGCUCUACUGUUAUGGUAAUACAUGCGCCACAGGAGGAAGAGGUGGAAACUAUUCAUGAGAUGGCCGUUAAACUUAAAGAUCCAGGUUUUGUGGUGUUUGCAACUUUUGUCAUCACUGUUUCUCUGAUCCUUAUUUUUGUUGUUGGACCUCGCCAUGGGCAGACAAAUAUCCUGGUUUACAUAACCAUCUGCUCUGUAAUCGGCGCACUCUCCGUCUCCUGUGUGAAGGGCCUCGGUAUUGCUAUUAAGGAACUGUUUGGUGGGAAACCUGUACUUACUUACUCUUUGUCAUGGAUCCUUUUGCUGAGCCUUAUAGCUUGUGUAAGCACUCAAAUUAACUACUUGAACAAGGCACUGGAUAUUUUCAACACUUCCUUGGUGACGCCUAUUUAUUAUGUAUUCUUCACUACAUCUGUUUUGACAUGUUCUGCUAUUCUUUUUAAAGAAUGGUAUCAUAUGGAUACUGAUGACAUCAUUGGCACAUUGAGUGGCUUCUUCACUAUUAUAGUCGGCAUCUUUUUGUUGCAUGCCUUUAAAGAUAUCAAUUUAACAUUGGCAACUUUGCCCGUGUUCAUGAGAAAGGAGGAGAAGGGAUUCGCAGUGAAUGGGAGUGUACAUUAUGAGCGAUUAGAACACAAUGUGGAAAAUGAAAGCUGUACCGAGAGUUCGGACAUACACUCCUCAGAUAUGGUUUCCUCCAGAAGAAAUGGAAAUAUGAUCACCAUGUGAGAAUUGGAAAACAAAAUGUUAACAGAUAAAGGAAAAGCACUGCCCUGUCUAUAGUAACUCUGCUGUCAUAGUUACCAGAAUUGAGCUGCUUUGUAAAAGGUCAUCUGUGUUGGUGACUUCACUUAUUGUAAAGGUGUCUCUAGGGACAAUCAUUUUUCCAUCAAUGUGAUUGGGAUGGACCAAGGGUUAUUAAAUUGCAUUUUUAUUUG